AGCAAAGAGAUCGACCAUCGCCUAGAUCAUCAACCCAACUUGCCUCUUUUCAGUCGAGUUUAAGGCUUGGACCACCAUGAAGCUUCUCAUCCUCACUUGCCUUGUGGCUACUGCUCUUGCCAGGCAUAAAUUUCAUUUAGGACACCUGAAACUCACUCAGGAGCAGCCUGAGAGCAGUGAGGAAAUCUUAAAAGAAAGAAAGCUCCUCAGGUUUGUCCAGACAGUACCACUAGAAUUAAGAGAGGAAUAUGUCAAUGAACUGAACAGGCAGAGAGAACUUCUGAGAGAAAAAGAGAAUGAGGAAAUCAAGGGAACUAGAAAUGAAGUAACUGAGGAACAUGUUUUGGCAGACCGUGAGACAGAAGCUAGCAUCAGCUCAUCAAGUGAGGAAAUUGUUCCCAGCAGCACCAAGCAGAAGUACGUGCCAAGGGAAGACCUGGCUUACCAACCUUACGUGCAGCAGCAGCUUCUCAGAAUGAAAGAACGCUACCAAAUCCAGGAGAGAGAGCCUAUGAGAGUGGUGAAUCAGGAACUGGCUCAGCUCUAUCUUCAGCCUUUCGAACAACCCUACCAGCUUGAUGCCUAUCUCCCUGCUCCUUGGUACUAUACUCCGGAAGUGAUGCAGUAUGUUCUUUCCCCACUGUUCUAUGACCUCGUUACACCCAGUGCCUUUGAGAGUGCUGAAAAAACUGUUAUUCCAGAGUGGUUGAAGAAUUAAGUCAAUUCUCAGGAACUCCACAAUUAUGACCAUUGAUGUGACUGAAAAUUCAACCUAUGAAUUUCUCAUCUUUGUUUUAUAAUCUAAAACCACUUUAUCCAAAGACUUUGUUAUUCUAGGAUAGGAAAAUCUCAUAUUGAGGGCAAUCUUUCUUUUUGAGCUAUCUACUCUUUAACAGACAGCAUAUCAUUACUUUCUUAAGCAAAAUUUUCUUAGACAGUUUAUUAUCUAAACUCCAGUUGUAUCAUGCCAGUAUGGAAAGCACCUGGUUAGGGGGUAUUAAAGUCUUUAGUAAGUUUCUGUAAUGGAAAUUUCGUUUAAAAAGUCUUUGGAUGGAUUUUUCUGUAAGUGCAAUCAUGUCAAAUAAUUGUGUGCAGUGACUGAGAUUUGUUCUUUCUUCUCAAUAAAUUACAUUUUAAGG